AUGAUCAGACAAGACUUCAACCGCGUUGAGCCCAAGCGACGCAACGUCCUCGACCAUCGCAAAAAGCAGUUUGUCGACCCAUCUUACAAAGAAGCGCUAUACCCAACGCGCCUCAGCAUCUAUGCCGAACCCCCAACUUCAGAUAUCACACUGGAACAAUUCGAGCAAUGGGCGAUUGACCGAUUGCGCGUCCUCGCCGAACUAGAGACAUGCUCUUUCCGCAAUCGGUCACCAGCAGAGACUGCCACGUACAUGAAACCAAUGCUGGAAAAGUAUUUACCGUUGGACACGAACAGCAGCUUGUCAACGCGACUUGCAUCCCAGCGCAAGAAAGACCAUUAUAGCCAUUUUAUCCUUCGGCUUGCAUUUUCGUCCACAGAGGAUCUUCGCCGGCGGUUUGCCCGCUUGGAAACAAUGCUCUUUCGCCUACGACUAGGCACUGAUGACAUGCGAGAGCGCACCGCGUUCAUUCAGGGCCUUAACUUAGACUGGGAAAUGGUGUCUGAUGAGGAGAGAACUAAGUUAGCAUCCGAGCUUGCUGCUAUGAGCAGCUCUCUCCACAGCGGUCGGAAACAGCAGGCAGUCGAUGAGGAGAGCUGGUGCAAGGUCGACUGGGACCGCGUACCAGAGCUUGUCGAUACUCGCAGAGUGUUCCUUAAAGCUGGCAAGGCCUACGUUCCUUCACGGGAACAAGCGAGCAUGGUCGUCUCCGAGUUCUCGUCGAGGCUAGAGAGGGCGUUGGAGCUAACGGCACGUGCUCUACCAAGGCUAGAUGAAGACGACCGCCUCACGCCGAUCCUCGAUCACUUGUCCAAAAACUUUGUGACACCUGACGCAGCCUACGCCAGUACUGACAACGAACUGCCGGGGGCCGACAUUAAAGCACGAAGCAUUGACGGCCUUGCCACGGCCCACUUCCCCCUAUGCAUGCAGAACCUACACCGGUCUUUGCGGCGUGAAGCGCAUCUCAAACACUACGGCCGUCUACAAUACACACUUUUUCUCAAGGGUAUUGGUUUGACUUUGGAAGAGUGCCUUCUGUUUUGGCGCCAGAGUUUCAACAAAAUAUCAGAUGACACAUUCAACAAAGAAUACCGGUACAAUGUCCGCCAUGCUUAUGGGGAUGUUGGAGGCGAUUCUAACCGUCGCGGCGGCGGCUACAGCCCUUACAGUUGCCAAAAGAUCCUAACUGAGCACCCGCCGGGACCAGGUGAUAACCAUGGAUGUCCAUACCGCCACUUCAAUGUCGAGAACCUAACGGCUCUAUUGCAAGCUGUUGGUGUCACAGACCGUGCCGUUCUUCAAGGUGUGAAAGAGGACAAGGAGAAACAAAAGUUUCACAUGGCAUGCAACCGGGUUUUCGAAUUUGCUCACAAGAACGAAAUUUCCAGGGCUAAGGACGAAGGUGUCUUGACAGCUGCUCAACUGGAGACAAUCGUGCAUCCAAAUGAAUACUUCAAACGAAGUUACCUACUCAAGAAUCUGGGUAAGAGCAACACCACCAAUGCAACAUCUGAGGGGUAUUGA